CUCUCUAGUGGUUUAACGCAGCUUCCCAGCUUCUCUGUGAUUUACCCUCAAGACAGCGCAUAGUAUACAAAGCCAACGCCCCACACACUCACACUUUCCCCUCGCAGUGUUCACUAGUGCUCUGCGCGCUCCAGCGACACACGUCCAGGAAAUUCAUGAAGCAACCGAACUCGGCGUAGGAGUUAACGGAUUUAGUACAUAACUACGCUUUCAUUGUCUUUCACCAGAAGAAGUCUUUUAAUUUGUGAACGUUUGCUGACAAGGACACCCAGAAAGCGCUAUUUAUUAGGAAACAUCUGCAGAAUGGCAGAAACUGAAGGAAGUCCGUUUGGAGGCUGUUUGGAGAAACUGAUGAGCUAUGCGCGGACUCGAAAGGGGACGAUACUGGCCGCCGAAAUACUCCUCAGUUUCAUCAUCCUGAUCUGUUAUGCCGCAUCGAUGUACGGAGGGUAUACAGCGGUCGCCAUCUGCGAGAUGGUCUUUGCCAUCAUCUUCUUCGUUGUCUAUAUGCUGGAGCUGGACAAACAGUUCCUGGUGGUGAACUGGCUCUGGAGCGAUCUGUUCCGUGCUGUAAUUGGUGCAGCACUUUAUAUAAUCACCUCUCUCAUCUGUGUGAUCGGUGGAACUGGCGAUGGGGCUCGCAUCGCUGGUGGGGUGUUUGGUCUGCUGGCUGGGAUCUUGUUUGCGUAUGAUUCCUACACGCUCUACUUGGACAUCAAGAGCAGCAGACAGCACGCAGCUGCACCCACAGGUCGCUGAGGACCAUCUCCCAGAGUUUUACAGCUGACAUUUGGUGUUUGAGCCAAACACUUUUUCACUGGUCUCUCUGUGCCGUUUAACAUGCCCGCUCUUAAUGUCCUGUAACCAUAUCAGCUUAACUCGACUAACUAUUCCCUGGUUAUUUAUUUGGCGUCUCCCUUUUUGUUUUCUCUCCCUUGUUUUAUUUUAAACAGAUGACAGAGUUUGAAAACUGCUUGCCUCACUACAACAUUAACAGCAACCAAAACAUGGAGAUCGAGUCUAAAAAUGGCAAAAGGAGAGAAUUCCUGAGAGUUAUCGCAAAGUUACCAAGACAGAUGAAGACUGGAGGAAUGCAAAAGGGAUCCCACACACACACACACACACUCACAGAUGCAUGCAUACAAAAGAAGCAAAAGGGGCUGAACUGUGAGACUGAUGAGAAGAAGAAACAGCCAUAUACGAAGGAACAGAGAGCUGUUGGCAUCCAAAGAGUCAUUGCUGUCGUCUUGCUCUAGCACAAAAUCUUCAGCUUGUUUGGUUACAAAAGGGCUUAAAUGGAUAGUUCGCCCAAAAUUGACAACUCUGUCAUCAUUCACACACCCUUUAUGACUGUCUUACUUUUGUUGAAUGCAAAUGAAGGUAUUUUGAAGAAUGCUGAAAAACCUGUAACCAUUGACUUCCAAAGUAUUUGAUUUACCUAGAAGUCAAUGGUUUCAGAUUUCCAGAAAAAAAAUGGCGUCUGUGGAUGUUCUGUCAUCAUUCUUUAUGACCUUCUCUCUUUUCUUGAAUGCAAAAGAGGAUAUUUUGAAGAAUGUUGGAAUCUUCAUAAAAAUAAAAUAGAAAGCCAUAAAAAGUGUGUAAAUGAUCAUAGAA